AUGAUCACCCGCGCCGUGAUGUUGGGCUCCGCGCACCCUGCCCACCGUGCCGUCGCCCUGCGCCGGCCAGCCACUUCCGCCGUCCUCUCCGCCGUGCUCGCCAGGGCUGUCCUUCCGCCGCCACCCGCCCCUGGCGCUCGCUACCCAUCUGCUCCCCGCGCGUCCGCACCAGACGUACCUCCGCCUCCUCGCCGCGCCACCCCGCUUGCCCAGAUUGAUUCGCGGCGGGCCGGCGGAGACGCGUACCGCGCGCUACCUCGCCCCCGCUUGGUGCAAGGGGGCGUCAUCCGCGAAGGGUGGUCUCUCCCCGCGGCUUGGCGCACAGGCAGCGAGGGCCGGUGGCGGGGACUGGUGGUGGGCGCGCGGAGUGAUGGGCGCGGAGGGGGGGAGGGGGAGAGGGGCAGCUCGAAGGCGGACGGAGUUGGGGAGAGUGGCGGUGGUGGGGGAGAGGAGAAGGCGACUACGAGGAGGGGACGAAGAAAAGGAGGGGAGGAAAGAGUGGUGGAUGUGGGAGAGCAGAGUGCGGUGAGGGGGACAGAGUCGGCCGCAGGUGCAGCACGCUCAGCAGUGGCGGAGGAGAGUUCAGGGGGAGGGGUAGUAGAGGGAGAGGCGGAGAGGGAAGGAGGGGGCGAGGGUGCAGCGCGUGAUCAAGUGCUGUUCCCCCCCCCUGUGGUCCCUGCGGCCUUCGAGCGCGUGCAGCAGUGGGUGCUCUUCUCCGACCUCCACGUGUCCCGCCGCAAUGCAGAGCUGUGCGCCGCGCUGCUGAAGCACGUGCAUGGCCUGGCCAAGGACAGGGCGGCAGGGGUGGUGUUUCUGGGCGACUUCUGGCACGUGAGGGGGUCGCUGCCAGUGGAGGCGCUGAACGCCGUCAUGGGUGUCAUGGGGCCGCACUGCUGGACGCAGCCCACCAUCAUGAUCCCAGGCAACCAUGACCAGGUAUCGAUGGACGGCUCGCAGCACGCGCUGUCUGUGUUCGCGUGCAUCAACCCGCACAUCGUGGUAAUCUCGCGCCCCACUGUGCUGCUCUCCGCGCUCUGGCUGCCCUUCCGCCACCACGCGCCCAUCCUCACCGCCGCCAUGCACCAAGCGCUCCACCCGCAGGCCCCCUCCUCCCCCUCCCUCCCCCCCACGCCGCCCAUCCGUGCCAUCUUCCUGCACGCGGACGUGGAGGGUGCGCAGCGCAGCAGCGCGGAGGGUGCCACCACGCUGCCCGGUGAAGGCCUCGACCCGCUGGCUCUCCCCCCUGGCGUGCCGCUGUACUCGGGGCACCUGCACCUGCCGCACACCGUCAACAAGGGCGGGCGCGCCGUGCAGUACGUGGGGUCGUGUGUGCAGCACAGCUUCGGCGAGGCGGGGCAGAGCAAGCGCGCCGUGGUGGUGCGGGCCGACUCGUGGGAGCGCGUGGAGGACAUCCCGCUGGACGUGGGGCCGCGCCACUUCAUCAUCCCCGCCCCUCACUUGCAGCAGCGUGAGGGGCUGUCCGCCGCACAGGCGAUGGAAGAGGCGGUGCGGCGUGUGGUGCCGCAGCUGAGGCCAGACGACCUCGUGCGCUGGGAGGUGCCGGCGGGGGCAGACGCCAAGGACACCAGGGAGGCGCUGGCCUCCCUACGCGCCACAGGAGCGUUGGUGCAGACUAUCGCAUCGCAGGCUAUUACCCGCCCCCCGCGCAUCUUGCAGGCCGACACACUGGAGCCCUCACGGGUGUUUGCCAGCUAUGCCACUGCCGCCCAUCUGCCCUCAUCCGUCCUGUCUGCCGCCCAAGACGUGCUCAAGGAGCUGGACGUGCCGCCCAGGCUCAUGCACAGCACCAGUGCGCACGUGUGUCUGCAUUCGGUGCAUCUGAGUGGCUUUGGCCCCUUCCUCGCCCCGGCGUUCUACCCCCUGGCCUCGCGCGGCAUCGUGCUGCUGUGCGGCCGCAACGACGACAGCAGCGGCGCCGCAGCAGACAGCAACGGCGCGGGCAAGACGUCGCUGGCCAUGGCAGCGCUGUGGGGGCUGACGGGCGACAUGGACGCACGGCCCGAGGGCAGGGGGGGGCUGCGCAUGGCGGACGUGGUGCACCGUGGGCAGGGGGAGGGAGAGGGGGCAGGGGAGGGUGGUGGGGAAGGGAAGGCGAAAGGGAGGAGGAAGAAGGGAGAGGGUAAUGGAGGAGGGGUGGCACGCGUGCGAGUGGAGGGAGCGGUGAAUGGGACGCCGUUCGUGGUGGAGCGAGAGGCGUCCAGCCGCCGCUCUGCACUGCGCUUUGAGGUGGGCGGCGAGGACCACACGUGCCAGGAGAUGAGGCUCACGCAGGAGAGGAUCGACGCGCUCAUGGACACGUCUCUGCUGUCGCGCACGGUCUUCUUCGGGCAGCACUCUACCGCCUCGCUGCUGGAGGCCAACGACGCUGACUUCAAGGCGGAGCUGAGUCGGGUGGUGGGCAUGGAGGUGUGGGGGGGCGCCAAGGCCGCCAGCAGGGAGAGAGUAAGGGCGCUGCAGGCACGCUUGGGGGAGAUGAGGGGCGGGCUGCAGGCGCGCACUGAUGCGGUCACGAGACUGGCGCGCAUGGUGGAAGAAGCAGAGGGUGCAUUCUCCACAUGGGAGGAACACAGGGCCAUCCGCCAGCAGCGGCUGCAGCAGCAGCAGCAGCAGGCGGAGCAGCAGCUGGCCGCGGCCUGCCAGUGCCUCUCCUCGCAGCUCUCCCCGCGCCUGCAGGCCGCUGUGGCGCGCUCGCACUCACACGCCCUCGCCCUGCACUCCGCCGUGCUCGCCUCGCUCGCUGGGGGGGGGAGGGAGGGAGAGGGGGGCGCAGAUGAGAGGGGGGAGGGCGGGUCAACGGAAGCGAGGGGCGCGGAGGAGGAGGAGGAGAUGGAGCUGAGGGAGCGCGGCUUGAUGACUGAAAUCGCGUGUCUACAGGGCGAGCUGUCAGCGGCGCGGGCGGGGCUGGCGGACCAGCAGCGGCGGCUGGGCGAGUUUGAGGCGCACGUGGGGGGGGCGGUGGGGGGAGGGCAAGUGCUGGUGUGCGACAGGUGUCAGCAGCCCAUUGACCCGCUGCACGCGGCGGAGUGCAGCAGGCAGCUCAGGGCCGAGGUGGAGGAGACGCAGCAACAGCUGGCAGCCAGGACGGAGGCGCAAGAGGCGCUGCAAGCUGAGCUGGUGGGCGUGCGGGGGUGGGUGGAGGCGAGGCGAAGGGGGAGGCGGGAGAGGGAGGAGAGGGACGCACAGGCACGGAGGAGACAGCAGCAGGCAGCCAUGGCGCAGCAGGAGGAGCUGAGGGCGGUGCAGCGCUACACGGCGGCAGCGUCCCAGGCGCUGGACGCGCUGCUGCUCUUCCUGCACCGCCACGCCGCGCACCUGCCCGCCCCGCUGCCCCCGCCCCCCGCUUCCGCUGAUGCGGGUGCUGCUGAAUCUGAUGGCGACGCGGCGUGGCGGCAGGAGGAGGUGGCGGCUGUGAUCCGCGAGGCGGGCGCUGCUCUUAAGGGGGUGGAGGAGACGGAGGGUGAAGUGGAGAGGCGGAGGAGGGAGGUGGAGCGGGAGAGGGGGGAGGUAAACCCGCACGAGGGGGAGACGCGGCGGCUGCAGCAGUUGCUGGAGGAGGGGCGGCGGGAGGUGGGGGCGGUGGAGGGGGAGGUGCAUGCGGUGGAGGCGCAGCUGGCGGUCAUGAGGCACGUGGACGCUGCCUUUGGCCUCGCGGGGGUGCAGAGCUUCGUCCUGGAGGGGGCUCUCUCGGAGCUGGACGCGCACGUGGCGCGCUACCUCUGCGCCCUCUCAGCGGGUGCGCUGCACCUGCACCUCUCGCCCACACGCGCCACCGCCACUAGCAGCACUGCCAAGGGGGGCCGGAAGAAGCGGACAAAGAAGGCCAGUGGGGCGGGGAAGAACGGUGCGGGUGACAGCAGCACGGACUCUGAAGCGUCAAGCAUGAGCGAGAGCGAGGGGGGCGAGGGCGGCGCAGAGGAGGCGGGCAGCGGGGCGGGCCAGACGCUGGAGCGCAUCGACAAGAGUGUGUGGGUGCACCUGGCGUCGGGGGAGCUCGUCCCGCGCGCCCUCAGGCAGCUCAGUGGUGGGGAGCGCCGCCGCGUGGCGCUGGCCCUGGCGCUGGCCUUUGCUGAGGUGGCGGCGGAGCGCAGCGGCGUGCGCUGGGACCUGCUGGUGCUGGACGAGGUCUUCCAGCACCUGGACGACCAGGGCGUGGCGGCGGUGGCGGCGGUGCUGCGGUCGCUGCCGCAGCGCACGGUGGUGGUGGUGUCGCAGGCCAACAGCCGCGAGGCGCUCGCUGAGUUCGGCGCCGUGGACUGGGUGGUGAAGCGCCGCGACGCCGCCACCGUAGAGCUCGCACACAUGUAGCUCCACUUGAGGCGCCGGGGGCUGGGUCUAUGUAGAACCUGGCAUAGGCCAUCCACAGUCUUGUUGCACGCGUUGUGCUUUGAAGGCAGGGUUAUGUUCAGAUUGUGCUUCUGCACAUGUGUGAGACGCAUGGGCCCCUAGGGGACCUGCUGCACGCGUGCGUUGGGACCUGCUGGUGCUGGACGAGGUCUUCCAGGUGAGCCGCUAGCCCUGCCAUGCCGUGCUCUACCUUGCUGCUCCUGUUGCUUGUACUGGAUGGGCGCAGCACGGCCGCCUUGCACACUGGUUUCAGUUCAACUCUUAUGUCUGUAACCCUCUUACGUCUGUAACACUCUUACGUCUGUAACACUC